GUUUUGUUUCCACUUCCCCCCUUACUUUUCCUCGUGUUUUCCUCUCCUUUCUCUCUGCAGCCUGCUCUCUCUUGUCUGGUUGGGUUUGAAUAGACUUUGGGAGGCAACGUCUCUCUCUCUGCAGUGUACAGCAGCACACAGUCUCAUGCUUUGAAAAACAAAAAAAUAUGGCGGGAUUGAAGGAGUAUACUGCCCCGCAAAUAGUUGCAACCACAGGACGGUGAUGCGUUUUGGAUUAGUUUUUAAAAAAAACAACCUAUAAGGUUUUUUUUUUUGCGUGAACACUUUUUGGGUCCAUACAUUGGAGGCAGUGGAGUGAUUUAAACAUGCCCUUCCAGCAGAGGACCAUUGAGCCGCGGCAUGUUAGUAGGAUAUCUCCGAGGGAUGGCUGGAUACCGAGGGAGGAAACCGGGACACGCAAACUGAGGAAACCCGUCCUGUUCUCCUCGCUGGACGAGGUCGGCUGUCACACUUUGACCAACAUAAUACACCAACUUUCCGACCUUUCUCGACAUGCCAGCGACAUCUUUCUGGGCAUCGAGAUGGAGGCGGGGAUGGUGUUCAGGAGAUCCUGCAGGAUCCAGGGUCGGCUGCAAAAGCUGCAAGUUGAAGUCCGCAAAUUGGAUCCCAAGAAAACCAAAAUCCCGGUGUCUAACCUGGAUGAGGAGAGCAAGUGGACGGUUCAUUACACCGCUCCGUGGCACCAGCAGGAGAACGUCUUCCUACCAGGCAGCAGGCCGCCCUGCGUAGAAGACCUCCACCGUCAGGCCAAAGUCAACCUCAAGACGGCCCUGCGAGAAUGUGACAAGUUGAGGAAAGAUGGUUUCCGGAGCUCUCAGUACUACUCUCAGGGUCCCACCUUCUCUGACCCCUUACAGUCCACCAGCAGCCUGCAGGAUGAGGAGGAUGAUGACAAUGAUAAGAAGUCCACGGCUUCAUCAGCCGAGGACAACAAAUCCCAGCUCUCCAUGAGGCCCCAGACCCCUCAGGGUGGGGGUGAAGGAGAGGAGGGGUAUGAGGUUGACGGACGGGUCGUAUGGAACAAGGGCGCACCCCUCCCCACCCCAGAGGAGAAAAUGAGGCUGGCGGCCCGGGCCGUGCCAACAGACAUAGUUCCCAUCAACGUCACAGGGGCAGUGUUUGACCGACAGGCGAGCAUCCGGCGCUCCCUCAUUAACACUGACACCGUGUCCCGCCGGCCCAAGAAGGUCAAACGCAGAAAGACUAUAUCAGGGCUGCCUGACAACUUCAACCAUGAGCUAGCAGCAAAGGGACACGGCGGAGAGCUCAGACCACAUUCCAUGUUCAUCCCGGGACAGUACUCCACCUUGGGCAGAGUUGGGAGCGUCAACUCAACGCUCCGACGCUCAGAGACCAGAGACUCCGGCUGCCAGACAGAGGAAGUAAAGGUUGUACCCCCGUCCAUGAGACGAAUCCGGGCUCAAAGAGGACAGGGAAUCGCUGCUCAGAUGGCCGGCAUUUCUGCUUCCUCCUCAACAGGAAGCAUAUCCAUCUCGAGUAGUGACAGCUCCGGGAUCUUGAUGCUGCCUCAGUUCAAUAGAGAUCCCUCCCGUUUUCACAGUCUGCCCAGACAGGGAGCCAGGGUGUCCCUCAGUGCUGACCCCAUUUAUAGCAGCACCCCCAUCAAGUCAGAGGAGAAAACUACACCUUCGAGGCAGAUUGGCAAGCUUCAAGUUGAUGAUACAGUGGUGCACAUGAGAAAUGCCCCAAGGACAUGCACCCUGCCCCGGCCCAAGUCUCAGGAGGUGAGGGGGACACAGGCCAGUGAUUGGGGUGGUGGUCCGGCAUGUGUGGUCUCCCCACACGCUGCCUACUCCACCUCACUCAUCCCAAAUGCCACGAUGUCUAGCUCCUCUGAGGUCAUCACCCUCCACACCUCCAGUCAGCUCCAAUACUCGCCAGCCUCCGCUUACCCGACAGCUCGACCGCUCAGUCUCGCCUCCUCCACCAACACCGACCCCAUGAUCUCCAGUCCAACAGCCUUUACCCACAGCUACACCUGCCCGGCUUUGACCACUUCUACCCCCACUCAUACACCAAAGGAUGGUGGUCGGGAAGUCGCAAAAGCUGCUAGUGAGUCAGGGCACUCCGACAGCAGUAUACACAGCCACAGCACCUUGGCUCCCACACCUCCAUCCCGUCUGCCAGAAGAGCAGUGGAUCUACGACACGCCGGAAAACGUGGUGGUUCCACAGCGCACUCUGACCUCCAGCUGCUCCACUCCUAUAAACCAGUUGUACAGCAGCCUGGAUCUCUCCUCCAGGACCACUACUGACUCCAGCUCCCUCUAUUCCCAAGACAAUGAUGGAUACUACACCUCCAUGCACAUGGACUCAGGCCUGCGCUCUCGCAGCCAUGGCAGUGGGCAUGGAGCAGCACCUGGACGGGCCACCAGGCACAGCAUGUACGAGUGCCGUGAGAUGGCCAAUCAGGAAGACUCUGGGAGCUUGUACAGUGAUCGCUCGCUGUCCCGCAGCAUCUCCCUGCGCAAGGCCAAGAAGCCUCCUCUCCCACCAGCCCGUACAGAUUCUCUUAGACGCAAGACUUCAGCGAAAAAGCCUCUUGGAGGCGUUAGUGCCAUCGGCGGUGCUAAGGAGCCAAACGGAGCCAUGCUCAAUGAGACUCUUAUUGCCAGCCUGCAGCAGAGCCUACAGAUGGGGCUAAUAGGAGGGAAAGGAAAAGGGGCUUCACCUUCUUCCCCCUCUCACAGCCCGAGCAGUGACUACGAUGACCCUUGGGUGCUACGGCCACGCAGUCACAGUAGCAUCAGUGCAGGUAGCUCUGCGGCGUCACUAGCAGCUAACGCCAACUGUGGCGGUGGGUCUAACGUAUACUCUCUAUGCCAUGUGACGCCUGCUCAAAGUGACACCAGCAGCUUGCGCUCAGACUACGCUGAUUCCUGGGGCUACUACAUGGACUACCCUCGUAACCAUGGGGACCAGAGGGCACAGACCCCUCCGGCCCAUGCCACAGAUAACAUGUCAGCUGGGGCUCACCCAGGAGAAUUACAGAAUGGAGGUGAGAUUCUCAACAACAGCCAGGCCCCUGGAGCUCGAUGCCAGGAAGGAGGAGUUGCAGUGAAGCCCAAAAUGGCCACCUCCUCACCGGACAGGGUGCACCGGCUGACCUCCCCAUCUAGCGGUUACUCCAGCCAGUCCAACACCCCCACAGCUGGAACCCCAGUGCCCUCAUACGUCAGGUCCAUGUCUCCUUCGGGCAGCCGGCCAAAGCCCAGAGUCCCCGAGAGAAAGUCAUCCCUCCUCUCCUCCGUAUCCAUGUCCUCCUCUUCCACCUCCCUUUCCUCCAACACCUCGGACUCACUUAAAAGCUCCGGUCCUCCUCCUCCACCACCUCCCCCUUCCCUCUCCUCCUCCUCAGCUCCCACCACCCCUCUCAGCCCACCUCCACCCUUCCCUCCCCCUGUGCCGCCAUGUUCCAGUGCCGGCACUCCACCACCAGCUCCCCUGUUACCGACCACCCCUCAGGGUCAGCUUCUGAGCCCACCCCCUGCUUGCUCCACAUCCCCAGUUCCCCCUCCUCCAUCCCCUGAAAUGCUAAUCCACCCCAGUUCAUCCUUUAAUGGGAGCUUCAGUCCUCCCCCUCCACCUCCCCCUCCCGUCCCCUCCAUGGGUCCCCCUCCACCCCCUCCACUGCCUGCUUUUGUCCCACCUUCCUCCUCCCCAUUUUUUGUUAAGGCAGUGAAAGAUGCUCCAAAACCGGCUCUUUCCAACGGCCCUACGACGUCACCUAAGCCCCUGAUCACAGCGUUUGCGCUGCAGAGUGUGCAGCUCCGCUCUGUUAAACAGCCAGAGAAGGAGAUGAACGGCAAAUCAGACCACACCAAAGCUCAGGUUCUAAAGCCUGAGACCCUGGAGAAGUCUCACUCCCUGGAGCAACACACUUUGAUGAACCUGUCAAACUGCACCCAAGAAGAAGAUCCACGCAACUCCUCGCCAUCACCCGUGUCAAAGCUCUUAGAAGAGUUCUCUUUGGACUGCAGUAUCACAGAUGACACACCAGAUAGUGCUGUCAUCAAUGGAAAAGCGGAGGAUCAGAGUGACUUCAUCUUAAACAGAAAAGAAACAGAUGAAAGACAGGGAUCAUUGCCCAGCCCUCCACAGAGCUCCAGAAGCUCUCCCGUCAAACAGAAACCCCCAGUGAUCUCCAAGAAACCCCAAAUGUCUUUCUUCCCACAAUUUAGCCCCAAACUAAUUAAUGAGCAGUUUUCAUCUCAGCAUGAGGAAACAACCAACCUGCCACAAAUAGAAGACCAAGUAGAUGCACCGCAAAGACAAAUACAGAAGGAAAAUACGGACAGUAAAAGUGAGCAAAAGGAGGAAGAGGAAACUUCAGAGUACUCUGACCUUCUAUCAGAAAGCAGUGAAACCUCAACAGUAACCCAGAACGAGUCCAACGUUUCUGAUUCUGCCAGCCAGUCAAGUCUUGACAAUGGACUUUACACCAAUGGAGAGGCUCAAGAAGAGGAAGAAGAGGAGGAGGAGGAGGAGGGAGAUGGAACCAGUAGCACGACUGGAUCCGUCAGCUCCAAGGAGGACGACACUGGUGAGGUGUUCUACUCCAGCACGGCCGAAUCGUCUCCGGCCCGGUCAGCCAACGGGGCCUCCGAGGAGAACAUGGUGACCCCGACUCCCACGCGGCCCCGAACCACUGAGGACCUUUUUGCCGCCAUUCACAGGUCGAAACGCAAGGUCCUGGGUCGCAAGGAAUCUGAGGAGGACCAGUCCCGGUCUGGGAGCCAGCCUCAGUCUCCACCCGUCACUCCGACAGGCGGGUCCCCGGCGACAGUGUCCCCCUUGUCCCGCCAGACAGGCUCCAUCCAGCGAAACCUUCGCAAGUCCGCCACCAGCCAAGACACCUUCAAGGCCCUCCUCCUGAAGAAGGGCAGCCGCUCGGAGACCAGCUUCAGGAUGUCGGCCGCCGAGAUGCUCCGCUCCACGGACCCUCGCUCCCAGAGACCAUACUCAGAGUCAGCGUUGGACUCCCCUGCUGCUUCACCCUCCUCGCUGAUGUCGCCACACAGCCCGUGUAACUCCCCCGGCCGUGGCAAGAGGGCAAUGGAUGAGUGGAGCCGCUACGAGGCCUUGGCUCUGUCCUCACCGACGUCAUCGUCCUAUUCAAUGAGCGGGUUCAGGUACGGGCGCUCACGCACGCCGCCCUCUGCUGCCAGCAGCAAGUACAACGCACGCAGCCGGAUGCUCAGCAGCCCAAUGACAGUAAUCUGUGAGCGCGAGGGCGAGCUGGCUGAGAGCGAGUACGGAGACGCUGCAGAGAGUCUGUCCACACCCACUGCUCAGACUCUAUUCAAUAACUCCAAUGGCACUUUAUCUGAUGAGAGCAGGAGUUAAAAAAGCAAAGACCGCCCCUUAGAUACAAGGAGCUGAACUCACUCGUCAUAACCAGGUAGAGGGGGACGGAAGAGGAGCCAAUAGAAGGCCCUCUAGAGACACCUCCCUGAGCCCCACCCCCGCGGCGUUGCCUCUGAGGCAGUUAAAUGUCAAGUCCUGAUGUGAGGUCAGAGGUCGCCCCGUCAUGGACCAGGCUGAACUCAGUCUGAAGUGGAGAACUGUAUCUGCUGCACCUUUUCAUUACUCCCAUGAUUCUCACUCUGUCCUUCGUUUGGUGACUCACCCUUUGUGUUUAAGGAAUGGUGUUGCUUUUACGCCUGGUGUUCUUAGUUAUUUUUCCAUUUGUUUUGCAAUUUUUGUUUUUUACUUUUAUGUCAUUAACAUGCAGAAAUCUUUUAGUUUCUUUGAAGGACAAGGAUAAGAUAGUGAACUGAAGGAAGUGAGAAGUCACAGUUGUAACUUUGCUGCUGUGGUGCUACGUAGCUAGGCAGUUGGAAAGAGUGGAAUGAAGAGGUGUGCUGGACGCUCGCCUGGUGAAUCUUCUCAGCUUCUGCUUCUCUUCUGUUGGCUCUGGAAAGUGUUUGAGAGCACCACGGUUUUUGCAAGUGUUGGCUUCAAACAAGCCCACAAUAUUUUGAAAAGAACCCAAGGAGGUGGUACAACAGACAGCUCCACAGGACAACUUCAGCCACGGGUAUCGGCAGGUUUUAGCUUACUGCUCUUAGGUGAGAGGUUUAGUUUGCAGAGCUGGUAUGUUCAGUGGUCCAUAGGAAGUGCAGAGGGCUCAGUGCUGUCACCUAGUGACGGCCAAGAAGUAAACACCUGUAGAGUGUAAAAAAACCAAAACAGCAAAUUUACUCUAUAUAAAAUGUCCAUAAAACCUCUAUUAAUUGAAUUUUGCGUUGUAGAUUUUGCAUUGUGCAUAGAUCUUUUUCUUUGUUUGUGACUUAAAAACUAUGUUUUAAAGAUUGUUUUAAUAAACAAGUGAUGUCAUGACGUGUUUGGGAGUUAAGUAUGAAUCUUUAAAUGUAAAUACAGAAAUGAGAUUAGAAGAAAACCUUGUUUUACUGUCUGGGUCUUUUGGGAUCAUGUUGGGUACCAAAGAGCUGAAAUAUUAACUGCUGGUCGUUAAACUGGAAGUGAACACAAUCUGAGAGUGUGACUGCUUCUCUGACACCCUGCAUACAGUACAGUCGUCGCUAAACCUACUAGAAUAUUUUUAGGGCUUAAAUGAUUUCUAUUAUGCUGUUGACCUUGUUGCUAAGUUUACCCUUUUGCAGUUUUAUAUGAUAUUGUAUUUCAAAUACAUAGAGAAAGGAGUUUUAAGUAACAUUUUGACUUAUUUUCAAAGACUGUACAUUUUUAGAGCCCUGUGUUUGCUGGAAGGGAGUGGUUACCUAAUUGUAGAUUAUUUAUUUUCACAUAGCAGGGCUGUAAAAGGUGUCAUCAUCGGAGUCAACCAGCGCGGUGACGGAGGCACAGGGCUGGAGUUAGGAGGGCCACAUUUACCACGCUGAUCCCACCAGGCCAUUUCAUUCAUUUAAAGUGCUUUAAAGUUACAAAAAAAUGCAAUAAUGUCGUUAUUUAUGCUAAAGCCUUCCACUGCCCUUAAUCUUGAGUCAUGCUAAGCCCACGCUGGUGCUCACAGCUGAGUAAAUGUGGUCUCCUAAGAGUCAUAAACUGAGGUGACAGGCGUGAGACUUAAUAACCUCCUAACAGACAUAACACCCUGUGGUUUAAUCACCUGUGACCAAAGUGUGUCUCCAAGCUCCCGCAGUUGAGCACUUUGGGCCUCGGGGCUUCUGUCAUGACAGGAAAACGCCUCAAUCGCAGAGAGCUUGUGAAAAGACGGGAGGACAGAAGAAGUAGUGGGAGUGGAGCUGCUGACGCUCUUGUGUUUGUCCGUGUAAUAAAA